AUGGGUAAUUAACAUUGCCUGUCAGCUUGCAAACCUCAUAAGCAAGAAAAACCCUAUUUCCAAAAGAAACAAAGCACUUUUUCUGCCAGAAGAAACACUGAAAAACCUCAAAGAAAGCAAAAAGAGAGGUUGUCAAAUAAAGAGUCAUUUGAUUUUGAGAGUGUUUGUCAGCAAGUGAAGAGAGGUGAUAUAACGAGCAGAUCUACUUAGCAAUGCUCCAAUCACGAACAUGGUUUAUUCUCCUAAAUUACUCAAUAAGAUCAUGCUUCAAACGAGUCAACUAAUAGCAAAGUGCAACUCUAAGAAAACAUUCAUAAAGUUUAUGAAUUUCAAAAAUUAAUUGGCGAAGGGUCCUAUGGAGUUGUCCAUAUGGCUGUUGAUAAGAAAAGCUUAGGAUAAGCUAGAGCUAUAAAAUCCAUUAAAAAGCUAAAAGAAUCGCAAUUUCUUAAUGAGUAUGACAGCCUUUCUCAGAUGGACCAUCCAAAUAUAGUUAAACUCCAUCAAGUCUAUCAAGAUGAAAACGAUUACCAUUUGGAUAUGUCAUUUUGCAAUGGAGGGGAUUUGUCAUCUUAUUUGAAAAAUCUCCAAGGUUCGAUCAAAGAAGAGACAUGUGCAAAAAUUGUGUACUAGGUGCUAAAGGCUGUAUCUUACAUUCAUAAGAAGGGCUUCGCACAUAGAGAUAUUAAAGCUGAGAACAUAUUGAUAUAGUAUCAGGAUUGUAAUGACAUCAGCAUAUAGAUUUGUGACUUUGGAUUUUGUUCAAGAAUCGAUAUGAAAGAGGACUCGAAGGACUUAAAGAGGCUCAAUUCUUUUAAGAAGAUGGUUGGCUCACCCUACUAUAUAGCCCCUGAAGUGAUAAAGUAGGCUUAUAAUGAGAAAUGUGAUAUGUGGUCAAUUGGAAUACUUCUAUAUUUCAUGGUUACCUAAACGUUUCCAUUCCUAGGUCAAUGUACGGAUGAUGUUCUCGAGAGCAUAACCAAAGGAGGAUUGGUUUUUAAAUAAACUCUUUGGUCAAAUUAUUCUAAAGACCUCCAAGAUCUUAUCAAAAAGCUUGUAACCAAGAGUCCAAUAAUAAGAUUAAGCGCGGAUGAUGCCCUAGACCAUCCAUUUUUUAGCCAAAUUAAAAAUGAUUCUGACAUCUAUUUAAAGAAAAGCGUAUAAUGUAGCAUGAUCAAUAGCUUCAAGAAAAACAACUUAUUCUUUCACCUCUGUAUGAAAGAACUGUCCUAAAACAUGAAAUCUUAAUCAAGGGUUUCUCUGAAUAAAUUCACUCUAAAUUUAGACAAUGACAAUGAUGGCCUCUUAAAACUCCAAGACCUGAAAUUAAAUGCAGAUGCUUUAAGUGAGAAUCAAGAUUACAUUGAAUAGAUUUGCUUCCAGAAUAAGGGCUAGAGUUACUUAAGCUACUCAGAUUUCAUUGCUUUGAAUACUGAUAUAAAUGAUUUUUCCAAGCAAUAGAUCUGGAAUAUCUUUAAAACUUUGUAGAACCCAGACAAAGGUCACAUCGACAGGCAGUGUCUUAAGAAUAAACUGAAACAGUACUGCCUUGAAGACGAUGAAUUUUUCGGAGUGAUCGACACUCUUGCAUUAAAAUUAAUUAAAGAAGUAAUACCCGAGGGGUAGGACAGAGAAUAUAUUACAUUCUGUGACUAUUCAAGUUUUGUAAAUAAAUUCAAAUGA